UCGAAAGGGGGGGGGGGGGGGGGGGAGAGAGAGAGAGAGAGAGAGACAGCGAGAGCGAGAGAGUGUGGGGAAGAUGAGACCGGAGAUCCAACUGUGCAUCGACUCAAGCUGAUACACGUCCUACUGAGAUCGGCAACAACGUCGUUCUUAUCACCGGUCUGCUCUUGCUUCCUGAAUGCCUCAUCAGAUCGAAGGACGAGAGAGAGAGGGGGGGCAGAGCAGAGAUGGAACCUGAAGCAUUAAUUCAAGCUGAUUAAUACCCUUCUGAGAUCGGCACAGCACCGUUCUUCUUCUCAAUGGCGUCUAAUCAAAUUUCGCAAGGGUACGGCUUGGAAACGACAGCCCUAAGCACCGCCCUCUUCAACGAAGGCCUCACUUGCGGGGCUUGCUUCGAGAUCGUGUGCGUGAACGACCCUCAAUGGUGCAUCAACAGGUCAUCAAUUAUCGUGACUGCGACCAAUUUCUUCCCUCAGAACUACACAGAGCCCAAUUUUGACCACUGGUGCAACCCUCCGCAGAAGCACUUUGAUCUCUCCAUGCCCAUGUUCACAAAGCUCGCAUACUAUAGGGCCGGGAUCAUCCCAGUCAAGUACCGGCGAACCCCAUGCAAGAAGCAGGGAGGGGUCAAGUUCGAGAUCAAGGGGAAUUCAUACUGGACGCUUGUAUUGAUUUACAACGUUGGCAGGGCUGGGGAUGUUACGGACGUCAAGAUGAAGGGUUCGAACACGGGGUGGAUCCAAAUGUCACGAAACUGGGGCCAGAAUUGGGAGAUGGGGACCGUCCUCACGGUUCAAAGCCUAUCGUUCCAGUUGGCCACGAGCGACGGGAAUUUUAUUGAAUUCAAUGACAUCGCCCCAUCGAACUGCCAAUUCGAUCAGACUUAUGAUGGAUGGAAGAACUUCUAAGUUAAUUAGUUCAUUGAUAGUUGUUCUUCUUAUGGUGAUGUGGUGAGUAAUUUUGUUCAACACCAUUAAUUAUGGUUUUAGAUUGUGUGUUAUGGGCGUAGGGAUGUGCCCAAUUUUUGUAGAUCUUGGAUAAAAAGAAAAAAUUACUUUCUGGGAUAUAGUAAUCUUAUCCAAUUUAAUUUUACUA